UUAUUAUGAUUAUUUAUCAUCAUCGUGUUCUAUUUGUCAUCAUCGUCGUCGUAGCUAAAUCGGUAAUCGGUAAUCGGUAUCGCCAUUCGCCAAUUAGCCAGUCGUUACUAGUUAGUUCCUGUGUGAUACUUUGAUGUAUUUAAUUAAAGUCUUUAAGUUCGCUCGAAAGACAUAAUAAUAUUUUGUACGUCCAACCCUAUACAGCCGGCUGACAGUAUACGAGAAAAUCAUAACGAAUCCAUAGUAUAGAUCUUGUGCUAUCGUAAGUUUUGAAAUUUGGUCUUUAUCGUGUUUUCAUCUCCCUCCUCCAUUACCUCGAUGACAUCCCCACUCAUCGAAUAUUUUUAUCUUUUACCUUCGCCUCCCGUUUGGUCGGACAAGAAAGAACGACAGAAUCUAAGCAAGCAGGACGUGCAAUAGGUGUAAAACGUUACUUGUAGAGAGAAAAGGUGAACACUGAACAGGUUAUGUGAGAGAGACAGAAACGAAAAAAAAAUCGAAACAACAGACGAAUUUUGUCUAUCGACAUAAGUACGUGCAUAGGUAACACUUGAUCCGGCCCGUACGGCGACCGACCCGCCACCGCUGAUUCACUGGCGUCCGAGUUUAUAAUAAUAAAAAAACAAUAGUUCAGUCGAAUUAGCAACAGAAGCAGCGCAUAAAAUUUAAAAUUCAAAUGCUGAUUUCAGUGUCAAGUUGAAGGCGUCAUCGAAAUCCGUUUCAUUAUUUUUUCUGGGGAUAGGUAUAUAGAUAACUAAAAAACAAACAAAACAAAGAGUAUUCGACUGAUGCUUGUAGACAGAUAUUGUAACAAACUUUAAUCACUAUGCCUCCAUACAAUUCUAUAAAAAGCCUACAAUCUUUAGCAUUAGAACAGACUUGUAAAUACAUAUUAAACAUAACUAACAAUAUGAAAAAAGAUGUAAAUGGAUCGCGAGAAUAUUUUAUCAAUAAUGUUCAUGCUUGGGCUAGAACCAAAAUCCUGGACUAUACAAAAAAUCUACUGGAUAAUGGAGAAAAAGAUAAUGAAAUUUGGGGCGAACUCAACUGCGUAAUGAUUGAUUCAGAUCCAUACAUAAAAAUAUUGAGUGUUAAACUUAGUAUUUGGUUAAUAAUAUUAAAUGCCAUGUUGGAUAUUGGAGUUGCUCGAUUACCACCUUUGUUUCUCCACGGAGGAAUGGAAUUAGAAUUCCAAGAGUUUGUUUCUAUAUUGAACCGUAACAAUACUCAUCUCAAAGAACUGUCUGUGACCUUUCAAAUGUCAAGUAAAAAUAAUUAUACUCCUGCAGUGUAUGCUUCAAUGUAUAACCUUCAAAAAACAUUUCAUGAAGGCUUGGCAUCAAAACUUGUUCAUCUAAAGCUCGGUUUUAUUUGUGAUAAUGCAAUAUUGAAAACUAUCGGUGAACAUGCUUUGUGUUUAAAACAUUUAGAUGUAUCUGGUUCAUGGAAUGUCGAUGAAGCUGGAAUCAAACAACUAUUGUUUAAAAAAGAUGUGUAUGUGGAAACAAUUAACGUAUCAAACGAAAUGCUAUGUCAAAAUCUCAGCCAUAUGUAUGAUAAUAAGUCAUUUUUGAAUAACUGUUGUUUUACUCUGGAAGAAUUGCGAAUUCAGGAUACAAAUACAGAAGAUGCUAGUUUACUAAUGAUAAUUGCAUGUGUAAAGAGCCUAAAAGCCUUAGGCGGUUUCCUCUACUUUAGGAAUAUUGGUGAUGCUUUGGUAACUGUAUGGGAGAACUCUCCCAAGCCACAGAUAUUCCAGUUGACCGAAUUGUAUGAUAUGCAGUUGACAGGCAAAAAAAUAGCUGCACUUAAGGAAUGUCUACCAUAUCUAAAAAAGCUGUACACCCGACUGUCAUGUGUUUGUACACCUGAAGAUUUUGCUGAUCCAGAACAGGGAUCAAUGUUUUGGGGCCGUGUACAAACACUAACUAUUGAUCUUGAUUACAUGAUGAAUUUUCAUUUUAUCAAUUUUGUGUUUAACUAUGGUCGCAAUUUAUCUGAACUCACUAUUCUUGAUCAGGAAGCUGAUAUAGAUGUGGCAAAACUCUUAGCAAGUUGUCCAAAUCUAUUAGUGCUUAAAGGAUUUUUACAUAUUUUUGAAAUGCCUGUUGGAAAGUUUACCAAACUGAAGUCAAUUGAAUUACACAUGCCUACUGUUGAAACAAUUAAUUGGUUUUUCGAAAACAGCCCUUGCUUAGAAGAAGCCAAGUUAUAUAGUGAUUCAAGACACCUUUAUUGGAAUACACAAGUUUUUGAAAGACCGCCAUUAAUCAUGUGCAAUAAUCUUAAAAGAUUGGAGAUUUCGUUCAAUGAUGAACAUCCGAUUACUAACCACCAGACAGUUAUAAAAUUCAUUGAAAAAUGUUCAAAACUUCAACAUUUAGGACGACUAGACAAAUGGAACUUGGACAAGAAAUUUGUUAAACAAGUAAAAUUAUAUAUAAAAAAGAUGAACUAUGAGCUUAACAUUUACUAGAUGAUAAUGUUUACAUUUUCUGAUAAGACUGAUAAAUUACUAGAUCUUAAAUUAUGUUAACUUUCCUUUUUCUAUUGUUAACUCUCUGUAUGAUAUUAUAAGGUAUUUUUAUAUUAGCUGUAUAUUUAAAAACUAAGUGUGUAAUUUUUUAACUUCACUGUGAUGUAUUUUGAAAUUAAUGAUUUAACAACUAAGAAUAAAAAUGUAUAUUUUCAUAACAACACGCUGAAAAUAUUAUAAUAACAAUAAAUAUAUUAUAUAAAUUCUAGGCAAAUUUUUUAUUGAAAAAUAAAAUAAAUAUGUUAUAUUAUGUAAUAUGUAUGUAAUUGUAAUACAAAUUAAUAUAAUAAUAUAUUAUAAUAUUAUCUAUUAUAUAAUUGGCGAUCUGAUAUGAGUUUCCUGUGAUUUUGUAUAUACAUUUAUAAUAAAUUACAUUGUUUUUGUUUAUACAACUCUAAUAUAGAAGUUAUCAUUUUUUGACAGUUUCGUGCCAUAUUUCUAUAACAAUAUUUUUUAUUUUUCAUAUCACAAUUAGUAAUUUUUUUUCUAUUAAUAGUAAAGAUUGUAAUCUAAUAGUUUCAAUUUAUUUAAAGUUUAAACACUUGAAAAGUUUAUUAAAAAAAAUUGUACUGCCAUUAAAUUUUCAGAAUUAUUGACCGAGCCAUGAAAUUGUUAUAACUAAAAUUAUUUACAUAAUUUCAACUACAUAAAAAACAAUUUUUAAAUGUUUUGAAUAGAAAAUGAUUAUUUAAGUAAUAAACAAAUUUUUUAAGUUAA